AUGCUCUGCCUCGGCCAGCACGACCAUUGCCUCCUGCUCACAGAGACACCUCGUCACAGGCGCGGCGCAUCGGAGAUUCCAAACAUCUCCAUUCGGUACGGAUCGGCUACCUUUGACAAAAAACACAAGAAGAAGAACAAGCACGGUGAUGAUCACCACUUUACCUCCAAGACUGCAAAGGCCUUUGGCGUCUUUGACGGCGUCUCGUCAUCGAAUCGGAGGUAUGGCAAGGGCGCUGCACAUCGCGCCGCUGCUACGCUCUGCUCGUCUGCUUGGGCGUAUGCCAAGCGCUGCGCAGAGCUGCGCUCGCCGGUCGAGCCGGAUCAGGCCAUCAUCUACGGCCAUGGGCAGCUCUCGCGGCCCGGCUCGUCCACCGCUACUGUCGGCGCCUUCAGGCUCCCCGACACACGCCGCGCUCGGGCCAAGCUAGUUGUUGCCUCGGUCGGCGACUCGAGGUGCAUUGUCUUUCGCCCGCAGCUCGCUCGCAAGCACCACCUUGACCAAGCUGAGGCCUCCCGUCGCGCUGACCCAGUCCACCCCGCCGCCGCUGCCUCAUCAUCCCGCUCGCGCUCGCGCUCUCGCUCGCCGGUCGACGAUUCAGAAACCUCGCCGUCGUCGUCGGGCACCGGCGCCUCCUCGCCCCUUUCGUCCGGCUCGGGCUCGGACACCGACACCUCGUACACGUCAGACACAUCCGACAACGACGGCAGCUACUCGUCAUCAUCGUCGUCGUCGUCAUCAUCCUCCUCUCACGCAGCACCCGUCCCGGGCAUUGUCUUCCGCUCGCGGAUCUCGCGCCACAAUGGUCGCGUCGACAAGCCAUACACCGUCUCUAUCAAAUCCGAUGUCUGCGACCGCAUCAAGCUCUCCUCGGUCCACAUCCGCCACGGCGACAUCGUUGUAGUCGGCUCUGACGGGCUCUUUGACAAUGUCUCACUCGCUAUUCUCGCGCGGACCCUCCUCUCCAACGAGUCUCGCUCCCCGGCCACCAUUGCUAACGUACUGGCCGAAAUGGCGCUCGCUGGCGACAAGACCGACGACAUCACCGUCCUUAUUGGUAAGGUCCGCAAGACUAACUAGGCAUUUCAAUCCUGCCGCUCAUGUGAGGGUGUCGAGCGCGUCAAAGAGCUUCCACGGCAUAUGGUCAAGGAACAUCGUCUUGCCCGCAAGCACCUUGUCCAGCGCCGCCGGGUCGACGUACCCGUAAUCGUACUCGCCCUUGUUCGCAGCGGCCAGGACUUGUAACACACGUCCGGGUGGGUAC